CGAGAGAGUUGGCUGUUUAUCCUCCAUGACAUGCAUACUUAUAUAUGUAUAAUAGUUUCCCCUGUUUGUAAAAUGCAAUAGGCACCCGUAUUAAUUUCUAUCAUAAGUCAUUGCUGAAGACCAUGGUGCAUGAAACUCAUCAGUGUACCCUGUUGAGAACCAAGACAGAUGGCGCCCAUGGUCCUUGAGCAAUUUCUUUUGAUUAUGUAGAUUUCUUGUUGUACUGUUUUCUUUUGUUUUUGUUUAUUUUUCGGCUACCCUAGGUUGAUGAAUAAUAUAUAAUUAUUUAAUUACCUUGGUGGGAUCUCUGGGACUUGUUUAUCUAAGGAAGGUUUAUGCAAUACCUGGUCCUUACAACUUGUUAAAAAAUUGGAAACAUCUAGCCAUUUUGAAUUUGCAUAAACCUUGUUCACCUUGAAUUUCUGUAAAAUCAUUUUGAUCCCUUUAAAUUCUUUCCCAUUAUUGAAUUCGAAUUGCAGGUUGGGGGUUGACCACUUCCUGUUUUUCUUUUGGCUUUGUCCCAAUAAAAAACCAAAAGUUAGAUAAAUUUAUAUAAUUACUUUUUUUUUUCUUUUUAGAUAAAUUUUUUUUAGGAAGUUUGAACUUGCUACUCACCAGUUGCUUGUUGAGUAGCCACAGUGUAUUCAUGGGAGUUGGUGCCAUUUUAAGUUUGUGGAGCAAUAUGGGAAAGUUACCCCUUUUAAUGUUCUUCAAAGAUUCAAGAAAUGUUUUGAAGAGGGAUGAACUAGGCUCAGAAAUAGUAAAUAUCGCAGUACCAGCAACACUUGCUUUAUUGGCAGACCCUAUUGCUUCUCUAAUUGACACGGCAUUCAUUGGCCGUAUAGGUGCUGUGGAGUUAGCUUCUGUAGGAGUUUCGGUUGCAAUUUUUAAUCAAAUAUCAAGAAUUACCAUGUUCCCACUAGUCAGUAUUACUACUUCUUUUGUUGCUGAGGAAGAAGCUACCAGCAAACCGACUACCGAAGCAGAGCAAGAUGCAAACCCGGAAAGGGAAAGUGAUGUCAACCAGGAAUUGGUGCCUCUAACUGGCAACGGUAACGUGAAAAAAAGCCAGCCUGAUGGCAACAGUAAAAAGCAUGUACCAUCAGCAUCUUCAGCUCUGGUUAUUGGUAGCAUGCUUGGGAUACUUCAAACUUUAUUCCUCAUUUUCGCUGCUAAACCUCUCUUAGGUUAUAUGGGUGUAAAUUCUGAAUCUCCUAUGCUCAAUAUAGCCCAACAGUACUUAACAUUAAGAUCACUCGGUGCUCCAGCUAUUCUUCUCUCAUUAGCUGCACAAGGGGUUUUCCGGGGAUUAAAGGAUACUAAAACUCCCUUAUAUGCUAUCAUCAUAGGAGACUCGAUGAAUGUUAUUUUGGACCCUAUAUUGAUGUUCGUACUUCGUCUUGGUGUCAAAGGUGCAGGCAUUGUUCAUGUAGUUUCUCAGUAUUUAAUCUUUCUCAUACUUCUUUGGAGAUUAGCCGGUAAAAUCGAAUUGUGCCCGCCAAACUUUAAAGAGCUACAAUUUAGUCGAUUCCUUAAAAGUGGAUUUCAGCUAUUGAUUAAGGUAAUAUCUACAACAUCCUGUGUGACCGUCGCAGCAUCAUUAGCAGCUCGGCAGGGAUCAAACUCAAUGGCUGCAUUUCAAGUUUGCUUGCAGAUUUGGCUGGCAACCUCUUUGCUUGCUGAUGGAUUGGCUGUUGCAGGACAAGCAAUCCUUGCAAGUUCAUUCGCAAAGAAAGAUUACGAGAAGAUAGUCGCUACCGCUUCCCGUGUGCUGCAGAUUGGUGUUCUGUUGGGGUUUCUGCUAUCAUGUACUCUAGCAGCUCUAUCACAAUUUGCUGCUCAACUAUUUACGAACGACAGGGAUGUUAUGCAACUCAUGAACCUCAGCUUUCCUUUCAUUGCAGUAACUCAACCUAUUAAUACUUUAGCCUUUGUUUUCGAUGGAGUUAACUAUGGAGCUUCAGAUUUUGCCUAUUCAGCUUACUCCAUGGUUUUGGUUGCUGUUGUGAGCAUCUUUUGCUUGUUCAUACUGUCCUCCAGCAGUGGCUAUAUUGGUAUCUGGAUUGCUUUGACCAUCUUUAUGAAUUUGCGUGUAUUUGCCGGUCUUUUGAGGGUAGGCACUGGUACGGGGCCUUGGAGUUUUCUUCGAAACUGACUGCUACAACCCUGCAUUUUUUGUGGUGUAACAUCCAAUUAUUCCGAAGUUGAUCAGGGUUGGACUCCAAAUUGUGACAACUUAUGUUCUUUAUUUGAAAGAUUCAAUUCAUUACUUAAUGGAGUAAAAAAAUUGCUAUUGACUUUAAUUCUUAUAAUUUUUUUUUUUGAAGUUUUACCAUUUAUUAAUAUACCCUAAUUAAAGGUCAAGAAGGAAAGAAUAAUUGUAUUAUAAUUUAAAAUCAAUUAUUAACCUUAUUUGAUAAAUCCAUGAUAUUUUUUUUG